AUGACGUCAGGGACGAGGAUGCCGACGUGGAGGGAGAGAGAGAACAACAAGAGGAGAGAGAGAAGGAGGAGAGCGAUCGCGGCGAAGAUCUUCACCGGGUUGAGAAUGUACGGUAACUACGAGCUUCCCAAGCAUUGUGACAACAACGAAGUGCUUAAAGCUCUCUGUAACGAAGCUGGUUGGAUCGUUGAACCUGAUGGUACUACUUAUCGCAAGGGAUGUAGUAGACCAGUAGAGCGUAUGGAGAUAGGUGGUAGUCCAUGCUCCUCCAACUUCAUGAGUCCAGCUUCUUCUUCUUUCGCUAAUCUCACCCCCGGAGAUGGCCAAUCACUCAUCCCAUGGCUCAAACACCUCUCAACAACAUCCUCCUCCUCAGCUUCUUCAUCAUCAAGGCUCCCUAAUAACUACCUCUACAUCCCUGGAGGCUCCAUAAGCGCUCCUGUAACCCCACCUUUAAGCUCCCCAACGACAUCUCGCGGAAUGAACCAGAUCAACAACCCUUUCUUUGUCUCCUCAACACCUCCCAGUCCCACCAGGCAUCAUCAGACCGUCCCUGAUUCCGAAUGGUUCUCAGGGAUUCAACUCGCGCAAAGCGUUCCAGCUUCACCAACGUUUAGCCUCGUUUCACAGAACCCUUUUGGAUUCAAAGAAGCAGGAGGCGGGUCAAGAAUGUGGACGCCAGGUCAAAGCGGGACUUGCUCACCGGCUAUUCAGACAGCAGAUGUUCCAAUGUCUGAAGCCGUGGUGGCUCCUCCUCCAGAGUUUGCGUUUGGGAGUAACGCAAACGGGUUGGUGAAGGCAUGGGAAGGAGAGAGGAUACAUGAGGUGAGUGGUUCGGAUGAUCUUGAGCUCACUCUUGGAAACUCAAGCACCAGGUAGUUUGCAAAAUCAACCACCUGUACAUUUUCUUUAAGCUCUUGAAAAAAAAAAACCGGUUCAACCAAACCGAUCUCAAUAUGUUUUGCUUCAGUUUUAACUUUUUAAUUUAUUUUUUUCCAUGUAAGGCUCAAAGUAAACACACAAGCUUUUAUAUAUUCGUUUAUUUGUA